AUGAACCGAGAAAGGGGACGGCUGCGUGUGGCCGUUGUGGCUGCUAUUGUCACUGUGAGUGAAUAUGGCCCUCCAGCCCAUGUUCCAAUCUACAUCAAUCCCUAUCCACAAGUCCCAGAAGAUUCAUCCUCAAAAGAAGAUCGAGGCCCCGCCCCUCCUGUUGAUGGAUAUCAGAAUUUGAUUCUGGGGGAUAGGGAACCAGCCCAGCAACAGCGGGAUCAACCGCCAGCUAGGGGACCUGCGCCGCCAAAGAACGCCCACCCCCAACAAUCUCGCCUUGACGAAAUCGCUCGCCAGGUCCAAAAACUGCUCCAAGACGAUCAGGGCAACGUCGACCUCAACAAGGUCCCCAAACCCGUCAACAAACCCGGUAGCAAGGCGCCGGGCUUCUCCCCGAAACGCCGAAAUACGAUGAGGGAAGCUGAAAACAUCGUGAAACGGUCGGGCUACGAGGCAGUACCAAAGACACGCACCAAUGAUGGGCUGACCAUUCACUCGUCUGGAUAUAACUUUGAUGGAGAGGAUUUGCCACCGACUGAAACGGGCUCCCCUUCGUACCCGGCUGAUGAACCUGACCAGUCGAACUAUGGAAACAAUAAUGAUGGAGAUGAUGGAAUCGAUGAAGGAGAGAAUACAAAUGAAGGAGGAUAUCCAAGAAUACAAAAGGGAUAUCGACAGAAAACCACAACUACGACCACCACUACGAGGAGACCAACGACGACCACAAGGAGGACAACUACCACACAGAGGACGACGACGACGAGGAGGACUCCUGCGCCUACUACGACGAAGAGGCCCGCGCCACAGAGGGCGACGACUACACAGGAAUACGAUGCCCCUCCAGUAGCACAUCCACCAACCACCACUCAACCCCCAAUUGAUGAGGGAUACGUCACUGAGGCUGCUGCUCCUGCUCCUUAUGGAGGAAAUAACAUUCAACCAGAGCACCAGCCACCUGUUGACCAACAAUACGAAGAAACGCACAAAGUAGACCCGUAUGCGGCAUUGGCAGAACAUUCGAGUGGUACUCCACCCCCAUUGGGAGCUCAUGAUCUGCUGUCAUUGGAUGCGAAGGCAUAUGUUGAAGAACAUAAGAGAAUGCAGAGGGCUAUGGCCAAGAAGAUCUAUUCUGAGAUGAGGAGACAACUCAAGAGAGAGCUGGGCUUCGGCGAGUCCCUGUCCGCCUCCUCCGAUGCUGAGCACGAGAAUGAGGAGAAGGACGCGAGUGCUGAGAAGCUGAAGGGAGCCGAACUCCCAGCAUUGGCCGGCUACCAGGGGCCUGAGCCAAGCGGAUAUGACAGUGCGGUCCCAGCCCCGGAACCUACUACCGUACACCCGGAUACUGGAUACGGUGGAGAGGAGACUACGGUAGCUGAGACGACAAUUGCCCCGGUCACCCUGCCCGCUCAUAUCCGCACUAUUGUCGCCAAUUUUGCCAAGCAAAUGGAGAAACAGGCCAAGAAAACUCGAGCUGAGGCUUCCGGCCAGGCCACCACGCCCAAGGAGUUCAGCUUUGAUGGAUCGGCUGAUCGUGCAACCCCGGCAACCCCCUCUGAUGGCUACGAUACCGUAACCCAGGGCUAUGACGAACCAACCGAGGAGAAGCCGAGGAAUGGAGGAGGAGCACAAGGAGCCUAUGGAGGUUACUCGGCCUCCCACGGCGCUCCGUCACCCACCAGCAUUCAGGAUAAAGCCUCCGGAGAGCAAGAAGAAGAGGAGUACCCGAAGAGACGAGGCGCCCGUUUCGUCCCAUUCCAUCAGGAUGGAGAAAAACUGCGGGUACCCCUUGUCUGGCUACGAGAUCAUUGUCGGAAUACUGCCUCGUACAAUCAUCAAACCGAACAAAGAAAGAUGGAUUGUUGCGGGCUGACAAGCAGAGCAGUCCUACGGGCAGACGAUAGAGCGAUUCGAAUUAAUUCCGAUGGUAUACUAGAGAUCGAAUGGUUAGAUGGGCUUCAAUCUAGCUUCACUGCUGAGCAGCUCAAAUCCUGGGGCCAGAUGUCUAAACCCGUAAAAUCCAGUGAUCUACAUGAAUUAUGGACUGGUAUCUCGCUCAAAGAAAUGCCGCGUAUUCCAUUC